CCCAAUAUGGAGGUCAAUCCUUCUCCAACCAAACAGAAGACCCCAACUCAGCCCCAGAGCCACCUGAGAAGUUUGUAGCUCAAUUUCCAUUGCCUCAUGAGGUGACAGUUCCACCUACAGGUCAGGUUCACACUCAGCAUUGAAACUUACCCAACAUCACAGUUAAACCUGUGGACCUGGAGCUUACCAUAACUCCAGAACCCAUUAUGGAGGCUGAACAUUCUACAACCCUGCAGAAGAUCACAGCUCCUCCUACAAAGCAAGUCACCAUUCAAACUUUAGACUUGGAGCUUACCAUAUCACCAGAACCCAAUACAGAGGUUGAGUCUACUCCAGCCAAGCAGGAGACUCCAACUCAGCCUCCAGAGCCUUCUAAGGGGGUUGUAGCUCAACAUCCAGCACAUCAUGAGGUGACAGUUCUACCUUCAGGUCAAGGUGAAGUUCAGCAUUGAAACUCGCCCAACGUCACCAUUCAGCCUUUGGACCUGGAGCUUACCAUAUCUCCAGAACCCAAAACAGAGGUGGAACCUUCUCCAGCCAGGCAAGAGACUCCAACUCAGCCUCCAGAGCCACCUGAGGAGGCUGCAGCUCAAUUUCCAGUGCAUCAUGAGGUGACAGUUCCACCUACAGGUCAGGAUCAAGCUCAGCAUUCAGACUUACCCAACAUCACAGUUAAACCUGUGGACCUGGAGCUUACCAUAACUCCAGAACCGAUUAUGGAGGUUGAAUAUUCUACAGUCCCGCAAGGGACUACAGCUUCUUCUCCAGAGCAUCCUGAGGUGACAUUUCCACCUCCAGGUCAGGAUCAAGCUCAGCAUUCAAACUUACCCAACAUCACAGUUAAACCUGUGGACGUGGAGCUUACCAUAACUACAGAACCCAUUAUGGAGGUUGAAUAUUCUACAGUCCCGCAGGAGACUACAGCUUCUUCUCCAGAGUAUCCUCAGGUGAAAUUUCCACCUACAGAACAGGUUCAGGCUCAGCAUCCAAACCUGACUGAAGCUACAGUUCAACCUUUGGACCGGGAACUUACCAUAACUCCCAAAUUCACUUCAAACAUUGAACAUUCUACAGCCCUGCAGAAGACCACACCUACUCCAAAGCAAGUCACGGUUAAGGCUUUGGAUUUGGAGCUUACCAUAUCUCCAGAACCCAUUAUGGAUGUCAAACAUUCUACAGCCCUGCAGAAGACCACAGCUGCCCCAAAACAAGUUACAGUUAAACCUGUGGAUCUAGAGCUUACCAUACCUCCAGAACCCACUAAGGAGAUCGAACAUUCUACAGCCCUGCAGAAGACCACAUCUCCAAAGCCAGUUACAGUCCAACCUUUGGAUCUAGAGCUUACCAUAUCUCCAGAACGCACUAUGGAAGUCAAACAUUGUACAGUCCUGAAGAAGAUCACAUCUCCAAAUGAAGUUACACUUAAACCUUUGGGGCUAGAGCUUACCGUAACUCAGCAACCAGGAUUAUCAGAGGGAGUUAUUUUUCCCCCAGCGGCUCAGCAUUUAUUGGAGUAUUCUAUAAAUUACACCCCAGAAAGGGGGCAAAAAGCUCUAACUUAGCAACAGGAACAGAAUGCCGUCACACAUCACCCCCUAGAAAGGACAGAAAUGGCUCUAACUGAGCGACACGAACAGAAUGCUAUCACACAUCACACCCUUAAAAGGGUGCAAAUGGCUUUAACUGAGCAACCAGAGCAGAAUGCCACCAACGGAAUGAAGACUGGCAUAUGUGAGCUCUGUAUCUGCCAAAACGAAACGCUGUCCUGUACUGGCCUCCCCCCAGAGGCUCCUCAGAGUGCCUGUGCCAGAGCCCAACGAGUACAAUGGCACCUUCACUGUCUUGUAAGAAUUGCCCUUCCUCAUUUGUUCUCUGCACCCUGUUUGACAUGACAGCUUUUUCCCUGAGGUCUUCCUGGGCUUCCUCAUCUUCCCAACUCACGUUGAGCGACUUUCUUGUUUACCUUUUGUUUGUCAACUUUUCCUUGUCCUCAUUCCUCUCCUUACUAUAGUGCCCACUUCUCCAGGCUUUUACUUGUGGUUACCCUUACUAUUUUUCCUGACCCAUUUUUCUUUAGCCCCAUCAUUUCAUGCCUUAACCUCUGUUCUCUUCCCAAUUUUGCUCCAUCCUCUUUCCAGGAUCAUGUUCAACUUUCCAUCGCAUUGGUGAUGAUACAACAAAGUGAUUAAAGAGAGAGAUUUUGGAGCCAAACUGCCUGGGUUUGAACCUAGCUCUGUGACUCAGUUUCCUCAUCUGUAAAAUUACUAUCUCAUAGGAUUGUUGUGAGAUUUAAAUAAGUUCAUAUAUGUUAAGCAUUUAUAUAAGCACUUAGCAUAUGUCAAUGUUAGCUAUUAUAAUUUUAUUCCAUGGUUAGGUCCAGGCUUCAUCUUUGUCCCUGGCCUUCUAUGUCUAGCACCUGUUAAUAUGCCCAAUCCAGGGCUAGGUACUGUAGGAGCCACAGAAGUAUGAGACAUUAGCCUGUUAACAUAACAAUGAUAGAUGGGAGAAAAAUAAUGUACAUGAAAAGGGAAGUGGUGCAUAAUUAAGUACUAAAAGAGAUGGAGACCAUAGGUGCCCUAAUUCACCAGAAUCCAUAAUCACCUACAUGUGGAGGACAGAGAAAGCUACAGGGACAAGAUAAAACUUUAGCUUAAAGAGUGACUGAAACCAAAACCCACUGCCGUUGAUUCCGACUCAUUGAGACCCUAUAGGACAGAGUAGAACUGCCCCACAGGGUUUUCAAGGAGUGGCUGUAGUGGUUUCGAACUGCUGGCCUUUUGGUUAGCAGGCAAGCUCUUAACCACUGCACCACCAGGGCUCCUAAGAGUGACUAGGAUUUGCUAAAUCGAGAAAAAUAGGGAAUACAGCCUAGGCAAAGGCAUGGCUGCAGGAAUGACCAGGAUUUAGUAGACCAGUGUGGCUACAAAGCAAUGAAAGAUAAGAUUUUGAAAAACCUUGAAUAUCAACUAUAGAGGUUUGAAAGUUACACUAUGAGCUAUGGAGCGCCAUUGAAAGUUUUCAAGCAAGAGAGAGAAAUUAUUAAAACAGGAGGAUUAUUCUAGAAUCCAUGUGUAGGGCCAUCUAGAAAGGAAAGCUUGAUUCAGGGAGACCAAAUAGAAAGUUCUAGCAAAAUCUAGAAGCAAAGUGAAAAGGGGCUGAAUCAGAACAGGUGUGAUAGGAAUGGAAAGAGAAUCCUAUGAGCACUUCAAAGAAAAGGACAGGAUUUGGUGACUGACUAGAGAGUUGGGGAAGUGGUGUACAGGAAUGAGAAAAACUCAAAUAUGACUCCAGAAUUUUUGUCCUGGAUGAUUGGGAGAAUGAUGGUGGCAGAACACACAGAUGGAUAUCCAGCAGUCAGGAAGGAGAACCAGUGUGAGGAAGCCGAGUUCAGUUUCAGGCAUCUUUUGUUGGUGAGCAUAAAGCUAUCAGAAGUUUCUGGUUGAGUGGAAAUGUCCACCAGGCAGAUGGGCACGCAACUUAAGUGUUUUGACUUAAUU